UGAAAGCCAAAGGGCCCCAGCAGCCCAGUGUGGGGUGUCUGUCACCUCAGGGCCCUGUGUCAGCAGCACAGGGAAGAAGAGACUGAGAGGAGGAAAGCAGAACGUACAGUGCUGCAGCCAUGGACCUGCGGGCAGAGCUGCUCAAAUCCAUCUGGUACGGCUUCACGGCACUGGAUCUGGAGAAGAGCGGCAAAGUGUCCAAGUCCCAGUUAAAGGUGCUGUCCCACAAUCUGUGCACAGUCUUAUGUAUCCCACAUGAUCCAGUUGCUUUGGAGGAACACUUCAGGGAUGAUGAUGAUGGUCCAGUCUCCAGUCAGGGGUAUAUGCCGUACCUCAACAAGUACAUCCUGGAUAAGGUGGUCGAAGGAUCUUUUAAUAAGGAAAAUGUUGAUGAGCUUUGCUGGACUCUUACAGCGAAGAAAAAUUACCAGACAGACAAGAACAGCAACAGUGUUCUACCAGAGAAGGAUGCUUUUCGGCUUUGGUGCCUUUUUAAUUUCCUAUCUGAGGACAAGUACCCUUUGGUUAUGGUCCCUGAUGAGGUGGAGUACCUCCUGAAGAAGAUAUGCAUGGCUAUGAGUACUGAGUUCAGCUGUGUGGAAUUAGAGGACUUCUUCACCCAAGAUCCAAUCCAGCAGAGAGGCAUUACAGUUUGGACAUUUCUGGAGUUGAUGAACUCGGGAAAGAUAACCAAAGGGAUUGAUAAGAGCAUCACCAGCAUGGCUGUGGAAGAAGUGUACAGGGAGAUAGUCGGUGAUGUCCUCAAGGAGGGUUACCUUUGGAAGAAAGGACAGCUGAGGAGAAACUGGAAGGAACGCUGGUUCACUUUAAAGCCAAGCAACUUGUUGUACUACACUGGGGAGGACCGAAAGGAGUGCCAAGGAAACAUAGCUCUGGAUGGGAACUGCUGUGUGGAGGAAGUAGACGAUGAUCAAAUAUUGUUCGGUCGUACAAAAUGGAUCAAAAACAUCAUAUAUCCAGUGCUGCCAGAUCGCGAUGGGAAAAGGUGCAUGUUUUGUCUGAAAACCCUCUCUAAGACGUACGAGAUGAGCGCCUCAGACACUAAACAGAGGCAGGAGUGGACUACAGCCAUUCAAACAGCUAUCAGGCUGCACGUGGAGGGGAAAACAUCCCUCCACAAAGAUUUGAAGCUCAAGCGACGUGAACAGCGGGAUCAGCGAGAGAAAAGGAGGCAGGCUAAGGAGGAGGAACUGCAAAGGCUCCAAGCCCUGCAGGAAGAACGGGAGCGUAAGCUGGCGGAGCUGGAGCUCCUGAAGGAGGCUCAGAAGCAGGCUCAGAUUCUCCUGGAACAGGAUGAGCAGAGGAGACGGCAGCAGCACGAGCAGCUCCAGCGGGCUCUGGAGAUCCAGCUUCGCGAGGCUGAGGAGGCUCGGGUCAGUAUGCAGGCAGAGAUGGCUCUGAAGGAGGAGGAGGCUGAGAGGCAGAGGAAGAGGAUUGUGGAGCUGGAGGAGAUGCAGAAGCGCUUGGAGGAAGCACUGCAGCAGGAAAUCAAAGCCAGGCUGGAUGAGGAGGCCUUCCGCUAUGCACAAGCAGGCCUACUCGCUGAGGAAGAGGAGAAAAUGAAAGCCCUGAUGGCUCUACAGGAUCAGCAGGAGGAGUACAUCCUCAAAACCCAGAGAGAAAAGCAAGAGCUGAAACAGGAAAUGGAGGCCAAGUCCCGGGCCCUGGAGGAGGCGCAGAGACAGCUGGAGGAGGUGCGGGCCAACCGGCACAGGGUUGACCAGGACGUAGUGGCCGCCCAGAGGAAACUUCGCCAAGCAAGCACCAACGUCAAACACUGGAACGUACAGAUGAACCGGCUAAUGCGUCCAGUCGGACCUGGCGAGAAAAGACCAUCGCUGGGAAGCUCCUUCUCAUCUUUCCAGAUUCCGACUCAGAGGGACCCUGGACUGCGGCUCAGAAUGAGAUCAGGAUCAGAGGAGCAGAACGAAGAAAGCAAAGAAAAUGUUGACAAGAGAGUUGGGUGUAACAAAGAGAAACGCCUCUCCCAUGCCUCCAAUGGAGACAUGGACAUCCCCUAAUGCCGAGGAUCAGAGAGGCCGCAUCGGUCAAAUCCGGUCCCUCUGUGAGGAACACCCAGAGACGUUAUUUAAUGUGCAAGUCACGUGGCACAGUGUGGAAACAGUGUUUUAUAGGUACCUAAAACUGAAUUUAACACAAUUUUCUUAAUAAAUAUUGAAUUUACUGACAUCAUGCCACAGACUACAGCAAUUUAAAACAUUUUUAAUAUAAACCUGUAGCCUAAUACUGUGACUGUCACGUGUGAGGUCAGCUCUGGACAAUACCUCAGUACUUAGAAAAUUAGCCACGAGCAAGAUGUUAUGCUGGGGAAAAAUAAACAAAACAAAACAUACAGGCAGCUUGGUUAAGUUUUGUAAUAUACUCACAUAGUAACCUUUCAGUUUUGUACAUUUUUUCCAACACUUUUAUGUCUAAAAGGCCAAAUUUAUAAUUUCCAAAUGUUACUUUGCAUAAUAAUUAAAACAUUCAAGAGACCUUUUUAUAUUAAUAAAAACCUAAUGACUUUGUAGGUUUAUGGCCAAUGCAUAAUUUCAAAAACAACAAACAGCAGAUAGUAACAACAUGAUACAGUAUUCUUGGAAAAUUAUGGGAUAAACAACAAAAACUUUUAAAGGUAAAAUAUAAUCACAGCAAACAUUUAUUUUGUUUAGUUUUUAAAACUGAUCCCUCAAAUCAUAAAUUAGCUCAUAUUUAGAACAUUUUCAUUAUUUUGCAGCAUUUUUUGUUUUGAUCAUGUUUAUGAUUAUUGCACAGUGCAAUAUAUAAAUAAACAAGCUUGUUUGUUGAGUUUUGUAAUAUACACAGAUAACAAUAUUUCAUUUAUUUUAAAGGGUUGGGUUUUUUUAAUAAAAUGUUCAGUAUUACGGCGCAGCACAGUUUCCGUUUAUCUCUACUGAUAAGAAUGCAAAAGAAAGUGAUACAACUCUUUCGGCUUCCUGUUUCUGCUGUCAGUUAACAUGUAAAUAAAAGACUUGAAAUACA